GUCACUUCACUUCAAGCUAACACUCCUCGCUAGGGUUUGUAAUUGAGGAAAACCGAUCAUUUUUAUCCAAAACAAUGGCGUCCAAAACCCUAAUUCGAACCGGAGCUUCACUGAUGAACCGCAUGUUCUUAUCGAAUCCGAUUCUCCACCAAAACCCUAAGGCCAAUGCUCAAAUUGUAUCUCACAGCUUUCAAAUCACUCCUCAGCUAUUUUCUUCUCCCUCUAAAUUGCAAACCACUUACGAUUUGCCCCAAAAUGAUGCCUAUUCCGUUAGUAAUCUUGCCAAAGAAGAGUUUUUCCAUCCCUUUGGUCUCCCUUCUCUUCGCUUCUUCUUGCCGGACGGUGAUUCAUCAAGUGAGCCAAUGCUCUUAUUCCCUAAAAGGACAUUCCAACCCAGCCUCAUCAGGCGUAAGAGAAAUCAUGGUUUCUUUGCGCGGUAAUAGAUCAUAGAUGCAAUAACUAAAUACAGAAGACAUUCCUGAUGAUAUGUUGCUUCCAAAUGCUGUCAUUAAAAAACAAUUCCAGAUAUCAGAAACCCUGGAACACUGGCAUUCUUGAUGUACCUGCGCUAGAUGUGCAGACACAACUAUUGGCAGAUGUAGUGCACAAAAUGAGGGACCCCUCUUUUUCUUGAAAAUUCUUUUGUAUAUAUAUAUAUAUGUUUGUAUAUAUUGACCUCUCAUUAAUUUAAUUAUUGAACCAUCUUUUUGAUAAAA